AUGAGGUCGCAUACCCCGCAGCAAGCCACGGACGCGUCGAGGCGGCGCUCCUCGAUCACGGCAGGGCAUAGAACGAGCAUAGGAAGCAGUAUUCCGCGAGUGCAGUCUAGAAUUGGAUUAGGACGCCCAUCAAACUCGCAACCAUCGUACGAUUUCAUCACUGGCGAGACAAUUGCUCGCCCCCCAUCGCGAGACGCCGGCUUUCGACAGUCUAUACGCAAACCCUCCGUCGAAGUCCUUCGGGACCAGUCAGGUUUCGAUGCUGAUCAAGAGCGGGAAAAGCACCGUCGCGAGCUGGACGAGCUGAAAGCCGAAGUCAAGACUCUGAAAUACACCAUCGAUAAUCACAAACAAGAGGAAGAGCUUGCGAAACUCCGACAUGAAAGCGAACUUCGAGACACAAGGCGGAAGGCUGAAGAUGAUUUCAAGAAGAUGCAAGCGGCGGAAUCUGAGAAAUCGAAAGCCCAGCGACAGUAUGACGCAUUGUCAAAGCAACUGACGGAGGUUACGGACACAGCUAGCAACGAGAAGGCUGCUUUGGAGCGAAGACUACGUGAGAUCGACGAGAACAAGCGAAUACUGGAGGAAGCGGUCGAAGAUAUCAAAUCGGAGAGGGAAGAAAGUGUCCGUGGGGUCGAGAGAAGAGCUGCCGAACUAGAAACUCGCAAUGCGGCUCUACAACAUUCAGUGGAAGAAUUACAGGAAGAUUCAGACAAACGGGAGGCCUUAUUACAAGAAGCCCAGCAACAGCUGUCGGACAAGGAGAAGGCAUAUGGAGAUUUGGAGUCGGAAGUUUUGAGGCUCAAGGCGCAAACCGGCGACGCAGAAACUCUGGGCAUAAUUAAAAGAGAAUUGAGCGAGCAAGUUGCACAUAUUAGGAAGCUUGAAGCUGCGAAUAGGGAACAAGCGGCGGAGUUGAAACAUUUCAAAAGACUUCACAAGAGCGUGGAAGUCGUUGAGGAAGAGAAGAGAUCAUUACAGAGAAAGCUAGAGUCUCUCGAAGCCCUAGAAAAUGAUCUUGGUGAGGCGCGAAUCCAACGUCAGAGAUUAGAAGACGAGCGUCUUGCCUGGACCGCGUAUCUUCAAAGCCAGGCAGGAGAGGAUGGCCAACUCGAGUUCGAUUCUCCAGAAGCCUUAGCUAGAGCUCUUGUUGAAGAGAGGAUGCAGACUGCUUCUUUAGUUGAGAGACUUGGCGCUCUAGAAGCCGAAUCUUCAGAGAGAGAUCUAUCUGUUCAGGGUCUGGAAGCCGAGAAGAUUAAGCUCUCGGCGGAGAUUGAGAAGCUUAAGACUGCGGGUGCUGUAGCCGGCAGCAAUAAAGUCCAGCUUAGACUCGAGAGACAACGAGCUCUGGCUAUCAAAGAGGCUGAGUUCCUUCGGGCUCAACUCAAAACUUACGACACAGAAGACACCACCUUCCAACCUGAAAGCGUGGACGAAGCCAAGCUCAAACGCAUAUCAGAACUUGAGGACAUGGUCGAGCAAUACCGACAAGAAGUCCAAACCCUCCACGGCGAGCUCGCCUCUCAAGACAAGCCAGCUCAAGCAGAAACCGCAGGAACUAAGCGUCCCCGCGACGACUCCGAAGACAACGAGCGCGUCGGCCAACUAUCCCGCAAGAACCGUAAGCUGCAAGAAGACCUCACCACCCUGCAAACCAACAUCAAAGUCCUCAAAAAAGAACUCUCAGUAAGCCAAGAACGCCUCAUAGCCGCAUCCCAACAAAGCAAAACCCGCAUCCUCUCCCUCCGCUCCAAUCCAACAGCAGAAGUAGAAGCCAUCAAAAUGGCCACACUCAACGGCCUCCGCCAAGAAAACGCCGACUUACUCGCCCAGCUCCAGGGCUCGAAAUCCGUAACCACAGUGCCAGCUCCCAACUCGAAGCAUCACGGCGCGACGUCCAAGACGCAGAGAACCGGCUCGAUCUGGGGUGAGAAGUCCCUCGAGUUCCGCAACCUCGUCAUCUCGCUGCUGGGCUGGGAUGUGGUGUUUAUGCGAGACGGGAAAACAAAAGUCACGAGCCAUUUCUACAAGAGUACAGGCGAUGAGGAGAACAGCAUCUUAUUUGACGGCGAGCGGGGGACUAUGAAGAUUAGCGGGGGUCCGCAUAGCGCGUUUGCGGUCAAGAUCGAGAACCAGAUUAGGUUUUGGGUCAAGGAGAGGGGCAGUAUUCCUUGUUUCCUCGCGGCGCUUACGUUGGAGUUUUAUGAGGAGAGGUUCAAGGAUGGGACAUUGAGUAUUGACGUCUAG